AUGGCUCCAGCAUUUCUGAAAGAGCUUCGCCGCCGGUCCAGAGCAAGCUUUCGAACGGAUAACUCCACUGACGGAUCUAGUGAUGGUGCCACCAGCCAAGGCACGUCAACGUCGAGCGGUUCGGUAACACCUCCGUCACUUGCGCACCAAUCCGACCCUGCCCUCGACCUUCAGAUAAAGAAAACCAACACCUCGCAGCAGAGCCAAGCGCAGACAUCCCAUUCACCGCGACCAAUGCUCUCCCCUGCGAAUAAUACGAGCAGGCAGAGCGUAUCGGGCAUGGCGGGCCUCGGGGCUCCUCCUGUCAAUGGGCGAAGCAGUGUACCAUUGUCGCAAUAUGCUCCGCAUAUCCAUAACAUCUCGGAAAACUCGUGGGUGUAUCAAAAAGUCCUUUUGUUGCAUGGAACAAUCGGCGAGCCUGGACAGUGCUCGAUGGAUGGAAAUGUUGUCGUUAGCCGAUACGAUGAUAGUUUCCCCGCCAUUAGUUGGCCCGUAUGCGAAUCUCACUUUAAGGCUCUAAUCUACUUACAACCAGGACCAAAUAAAUUUCGACUCGACUUCUCCAGCCCCAAACUCGCCAACAGCUCUUCAUCUAAUCCCAUCCACGCGUCUUAUCUCACCAUUCAUAUGAUACCGCCUAUGAACGCUCCACCUCUGCAGCUCGCCAUUAUUGUCGCAAAGGAUUCGCCACGAACGUAUGAUGCAACACCAGCUCGCGCAGAACGAGAGGGUAAUGGGUUAGACACGGCCGUUCGAAAAUUCCGAAUGGCGGCAUAUCUCUGGCAGGCGUUCACCGCUGAGCAAAUGUGGAGGCACAAGCUUGGCCGCCGUGUAUUCCGGUAUGAAGAGGAAUGGACAUUGGGCACGUCCAAUUAUCGCGAUCGAGAAAACGGCACAAUGCGCUCAGAGGCUCGUGUUCACAUAAUCCAAUCUGACAAAACCGUAGCCGAGAUUCGCGACUUGAAUAAGGCUCAGCAAUUCGACAAAGCUACUGACAAGAACGCCCUGUUCGGAAUUGCUGCUGACGCAGUAAAGGAUUACUUCAAUCCACUCCCAGGCCAGAAGAAUUAUGUUUCUGUCUUAUUUCUUGAUACACACUGGGAUGUCCAACAAAACGUCAUCAGCGGCCACGCAGCACUGGGUGGUAACGCCGGAGACUUGCAGCUUGCCAUUUUCGGAUCACACUGCCUGCAGAGUUACCCUUCCAGCUUCGAGGAAGUUGUGCCGGCUUUUACUGAUUGCACCCCUACAGACACAGGAUAUUUGGCGAAUGAUUGCAACGAUGCCGGAAGUUCGUGGGAGGCGGCAAACAUCGGCAUUGGCGCCCACUUACAUGAGACGGGACAUCUGCUCGGCUGUCCUCAUCAAGAGUCGGGCAUCAUGCAAAGAGACUAUGUCGUCUUGAACCGCUCGUUCGUUCCCCGCGAGGCAUUUUCCACUAGGACAAAAUCAAAGGGAGGCUUGGUACGGCAGGCAGACGAGUGUGGGUGGCACCGCCUAGAUUGUUUGCGGUUCCGAGCCCAUCCAGCCUUCAGACUACCCAACGAUGCGCCUUUGAAUUCAGAUGAGAGUGUUCAAGCAUUUGCAAUCGAAGGGGGCACAGUGUUGGCGAUGGCGGCCACGGGCAUCUCUUUCGUGGAGGUUUUCGGUGAGGGAGACGACGUCUGCCACUCCUGGCUUGAAUAUACGACAGAAAACGGGCCGGUGCAACGUCAACUUGCACUGAGUGAGCAGGAUUUACGCGCGCGGCUGCCCGAAGCCAAGCGAAAGGGGCCCAUCUCAAUAUCAAUCAAGUCUCAUGGAGGAGGUUCACUGACAAUCGACGAUUUCAAAGAGUUUACUUCGAAAAGCUCCAUGGUGAAACUGGGGAAUGGAAAGGUUGCUUCGAGAAGCCAAAAACUGGGCGAAUCAAGGAUGGAAGGCAGCAAACAACAAGAAUUCGUUUUUACGAGUGCAUCCCAGCAAGAUAGAGUCAUGUCUCGAGUGGUUGUUUACCAUGGGUCUGCACUAGAUGGCCUAGAAUUUGUGUACGACGACAAUACUUCGCAACUAUUCGGCAACAGGGGUGGAAAGGAGGGAGGAGAUGCCUUCGAAUUUGAUAUCCGUCGUGGCGAGUACCUUAGUGGACUUCUGGUUCGAGCAGGCUUCUGGAUCGAUGGCGUACAAAUUUUGACGAGCUUGGGUAGAAAGUCGCCCAUUUUUGGCAACGCUCACGGUGGUUCUGCGUAA